GCUAGAGGAAGUUAGCCAUUGCAAGCUGCUGAUUUGGUAGUGCCGCAUACCUUGAAUGGCAACUGAUACGUCUUGGCCAUUUUCUAUAUGUUACCUUUUGAUGGCAGAAGGAGGUGAGUUGAAAAGAUCAGCGAUGAGGGGCUCUGUGCGACUUUAUCACCAGCAGCACCCAUUGACCCCGCACUUAUCGGCAGUAACUCGGCUGUGAUCUGGUGUAACCAUUUUAUCAUGCAGACAUUGUAGUAUGGCAAUAUUUUUAUAUAUGCAUCGACAAGGCGGAGAGAGUUCAAACAGGACUGUCGAUUCCCCGGUCUUCCUCUCGCGCGAGUGCGAUACCAGGUUCUCUUCUUCCCGUGUGCUAUACCACACCAAUACGUCCAUCAUCUGCAUCAUCUUCACCACUCCAUCAUCGCUGUUAAGGCUGUUACUAUCGCCGUGUCUGGUGUCUGGUGUCUGGUGUAAUUGUGCAGCUCGCGGCCGAGAUUCCAUCCUUCUUGACUGCUACGGAUCCGCCAGGUCGAACCCGUCGUCCGAGCCGCGGGCGGACUUGGUCCGAGAGAAGCUUAAACCUGACUGGAACCGACGGCUCCAGCUGCUGGUGGACCCCAUACUUAGACGAGCCGCCUUGGAGGUGCCGAGGAGAGGAGUAUUGGCCGAGAAUGACUUUGAUGGAGGGGGGGGCGAAUGCAGCAAUCGGCCACUGGCGACUUCGAUCGCGGUGUUAUGGAAGCCGAUAUUUUAGGUUGAAUCGCAGCAGUUAGAUUGAGUCGUUUCAACUGCGUAGAUGCUGCCAGAGACGUUCACCCCAUCAAAGCAGGGAACGAUGCAGACGGCAAUUACGAUGGGGACGGA